ACAGUUAACAGGAGAAGCACUCAGGUUGGCUGGAAAGCAGAAAGAAUUUCCCUGUCCACCAGCCAAAUCCAAGAUCCAAAAUGAUCCAAGCUUUCUUGGUUACUAUAUGCUUAACAAUGUUUUCAUACCAAGCGAGCUGUACAAAGGAGUCCCGGAAGGUUAAGGAUUAUGAAGUAGUGUAUCCACAGAAAGUUCAUGCAUUGCACAAAAGAGACGCAGGAGAGUCUCAGAAGCCUGACCAAAAAACUAAGUAUGAUGAUACCAUGCAAUAUGAAUUUAAAGUGAAUGGAGAGACAGUGGUCCUUCACCUAGAAAAAAAUAAGGAACUUUUUUCAAAAGAUUACAGCGAGACUUAUUAUUCCCCAGAUGGCAGAGAAAUUACAACAAGCCCUCCAGUUGAGGAUCACUGUUAUUAUAACGGCCACAUCCAGAAUGAUACUGACUCAACUGCAAGCAUUAAUGCAUGCCAUGGUUUGAAAGGGUAUUUCAAGAAUUAUGGUGAGAGGUAUCUUAUUGAACCUUUGAAGCUUUCCAACAGUGAAGCCCAUGCACUCUUCAAAUAUGAAAGCCUGGAAAAAGAGGACAAGACGUUCAAAACCUGUGGAGUAACCAACACUACUUGGAAAUCAGAUGACCCCUUCAAAAAGACCUCCCGGAUGAGUAUGAGUAUUGAAAAAAAGGAAUACUUGCAGGCCAAAAAAUAUGUUGAGUUUUACGUAGUUGCAGACAACAGAAUGUUCAGGAAGUACAGCCGCAGCAUCACUACUAUAAGGAAGAGAGUAUUUGAUAUAGCCAACUUUAUAAAUGUGGUUUACAAACCUUUGAAGGUUCAUGUAGCAUUGAUUGGCUUGGAAAUUUGGUCCGAUGAAGAUAAGAUUGAGAUCAGUGAAACAGCAGGUGCCACUUUGAACCACUUUUCGUCAUGGAGACAGUCAGUUCUGCUGAAGCGCAAAAGGAAUGAUAAUGCUCAGUUACUCACGGACAUUGACUUAACUGGAAGUACUGUAGGAUUGGCUUACGUUGGUACCAUGUGCAAUUCUUUGACAUCUACAGCAAUUAUUCAGGAUCACAGUACGGACCCAAUAGCUAUGGGGGCAACAAUGGCCCAUGAGUUGGGUCAUAAUUUUGGCAUGAAUCAUGACACAGAUUUGUGUACCUGCAAGACUGGCCCGUGCAUUAUGGCUGACAAGCAAGGCUAUAUAACUCCCCAGGAGUUCAGUUCUUGCAGUUUACAGUUUUAUCAGAAUUAUAUCAUGAAUGAAACCCCACAAUGCAUCAUCAACAGACCCUCAACCAAAGAUGUGAUUUCACCUCCAGUGUGCGGAAAUGAAUUUGUGGAGGAGGGAGAAGAAUGUGACUGUGGCCUUCCAAAGGAAUGUAAAAAUGAGUGCUGCGAAGCUGCCACUUGUAAACUGAAACCUGGGGCAAAGUGCGCACAUGGGGAGUGUUGUGACAAAUGCCAGCUUAUGAGAGCAGGAUCAGUAUGCCGGGUAGUAAAGCAUGACUGUGACUUGCCUGAACUAUGCACUGGCCAAUCUGCUGAGUGUCCCAAGGAUCGCUUCCACAUUAAUGGACACCCAUGCCAAAACAACGAAGGUUACUGCUACAUGGGGAAGUGUCCUACCUUGGCAGACCAAUGUAUUGCUCUCUGGGGGCCAGGUGGGAAAGUGGCUGCAGAUUCAUGUUUUAAGAAAAACCAGCAAGGGAAUUAUUAUGGCCACUGCAAAAAUGCAAAUGGUAUAAGCAUUUCAUGUAAACCAAAUGCGGUAAAAUGUGGCAGGCUAUAUUGCACAGGUGGUUCAAAGAUGCCCUCAGAUGGAAACCUGCUGGAAUUUCUAUCAUGUAGAGCCAGUUUUCCAUCCAAAGAUGCAGAAGAUGUUGGAUUGGUUCAUCCUGGAACAAAAUGCGGAGAAGGAAUGGUCUGCAACAACGGGCAGUGUGUUGAGAUAGAAGCUGCCUACAGAUCGACCAACUGUUCACACAAAUGCAUCGGAUACUCUGUAUGUGACCAUGAACUGCAGUGCCAAUGUAAAGAAGGAUCAACACCGCCUCACUGUGACACCUCAGGAAAUAAAUAUAUAAUCAUCAUUGUUGUAACUGUGGUACUAGUCUCAGUAGCCACAGCCAUUUUCCUUGCAGUUCUCUUCCGCUGCUACAUUUUAAAGAAGAAACAAGGGGACAGCAUUCACAAAAGUGCACCUGUAGCCAAAAAUCCUUUCUCUGGUACAGAUCAAAAGAGGAAACAGCAUCUUGGUCCAGUGUUCAAUGAUCCAGAGAUAAAUUCUUCUAGAUUUCUCCUGCCAAUUUCACUCCAAGGAAAUACACCAGAAGUUCAUGUUAAAAUCCCAGAUGAACCUUUACGACACGCAUAUGAAAAUGCCAGAAUGCCCAUUGUGAAACCAAGAAUCCCUCCGCCUCCUGUUCCAACAGCAAAGUCCACCAUAUAUCCAGCUCUGAGAAUAAAUUCAGCUCCUUCUUCUCAACUUGAGCGUAAACCAGCUCCUCCCCCACCUCCACCCCAGGCACUGAAACCCACUAAAUAAUCUCAGGGUAUGAAACAAAACAAGAAUCAGAAAUAAUACCAAGUCUCUGAUUUCAAAGAAAACCUUUUCCAUUUUCUCAGUUUCCAUAUCUGCAUAGGACAACUGAAUGGUGACUUCCUUCCACAAGUCUAAUGUUUCCUCUGCCACAGGAAAUGUCUUUUUAAUUUUGGGGACAGCAUCACCUGUAGUAAGGAGGGGAACUGAUAGGAAAUCUUCAGCAUUCUUCCAUCAUAUCCUUGGAUAUCAAAUGGGGAGAUCCUAGCAGAGUUGGGAUGAUUUUGUGAAUUGUGAACUGAGCCAAAAGAUGCAUCGAAGCAAAUGAUGCCUCCAUAGGAGAUUUAAACACCCAUCACCACCAUCUGUGGACAAAAAUCAAAACUGAAGAAACAUUUGUUGAUGCUUGAUGCAAGUGGAAACCAAAGCUGUCCUGCCUACUGAAUUAAUCACUUUAUUCUCUUGGAGUACAAAAUGACUGAGUCCUGCGUGAUGCCACCAGAUUCUUUGACAUAAGCGAAGGUUGAUCUCUUUGAAACCUUCUCUCUACCUGUGCAAACAAAGA